ACUCCUGAGAAUUCCAAAGGAGCAACUGAGAGGGAAGAGGAGAGAGAACACUGAACCAGAACCAGAGGGAGCUUUCAUCAAUGGCAUCUUCUCUGAACAAAUCAUCUCCAUACAAUAAAUAUGAGAUAAGGAAGAGGAAUCCAGAUCCUAAAUCAUGUGCUCUUUUGGUCAUUGACAUGCAAAACUACUUUUCUUCCAUCGCCAAACCCAUCCUCUCCAAUCUCUCCACCACAAUCCGUCUCUGCCGGAACGCCUCCAUCCCCGUCAUCUUCACGCGCCACUGCCACAAGUCCCCCGCCGACUACGGCAUGCUCGGUGAGUGGUGGAACAAUGAGCUCGUCUGUGACGGCACACCGGAGGCGGAGCUUAUACCGACACUCGAUCGGAAGCCGGCGGACAUGGUGGUGGAGAAGAACACUUACAGUGCGUUUAGGAACACUCAUUUGGAGGAGAAGCUUGAGGAGAUGGGGGUAAAGGAAGUGAUUGUGACGGGGGUGAAGACGAACCUGUGCUGCGAGACGACGGCGCGUGAGGCUUUCGUGAGAGGGUUUAGGGUUUUCUUCUCUGCGGAUGCCACGGCGACGUCGAAUUCGGAGCUCCAUGAGGACACUUUAAAGAACAUGGCUUAUGGGUUUGCUUAUUUGCUCGAUUGUCAGAGGCUUCAAGACGCUCUCUCUGUAAAAUAAACCAUCAAGGCUUUUCUGAGUUGAUGAUCCAAAUUUAAGAGGAAGCAUAUACCUUAACUGAAUUUGAAGCUUAAUCAUUGGCACUUUAGUCCUCUGAAUAUCCAGGAAUGGCUGCUUCCGUUAUGAGAAAGAAGCUGACAAACCGUCUGCCGUGGAAACGUUCCUUUCAAUUUCGCCCAUAUGAUUUCUUACCCUAGUUGUCUGAGAGAAAAGGAGAAUGAAUAUCUCAUGAUUCAGAGAAAAAUUAACACGGUCGAAAUUGAAAGUAUUAUUUCUCAUGCUGGCACCUAUGAAACUGGGUCUUCUCUGUCUGGUUGGAAGAAGUGGUACUUGUAUAAUUAGCAUUAAACAUA